GCUAUAAAGAUAUGUAAGGAAUGUGGGUAAAGGUGAGAAAAUAAGAGGAGGGGAAGUCAGGAGAUACUUUUCUUGGGGCAAAUUUGAUCAGAUACGGCGGUUUAACACACAAGCCAAAUACAUGCGAUGGGAGUGGUAAGAUGGCGGCCAGACGGCUUCACUCUGACGAGCCUGCUCGCUCUCCAUAUUUUAUACAGCGCUCAGUGCCCAAACCCCCCUGACCACGUCAUCGCUUGUUUACCGUAAUGUAUUAUGGGCGAUAUCCGGGGUCAGCUUCGCCAUAUUCUUUACUUUCGCCUUUGUUAAACGCUGCGUAGUUCUGUGUAACCGGUUUUAAGCAUGCCUAAAGUGAACUGCUGUGUGCCUUAUUGUGUCUCCACAACAAAGAGAACUCCUAAUUUGAGCUUUUAUCAGCUGCCAGUCGAGGAGAACAGAAGAAAGAAAUGGAUAAGUUUAAUCCGCAAUGAAAACCUCCGAACUGAAUCGAAAUGGACGAGUGUUUGUAGCUUACAUUUCUCUGGUGGGAAAAAGACGUACUUAAACCGUGACCCAGCGAUAUUUCCAUGGUCUGCGGAAUGGCCUUCGGUUAUAGAAGAUUAUAACAAUCGACACUGUUCAUCAUCUGAAACCAGCGACAUUCCAAAGCCUGGAAAACACAGAAGUGUUAUUCGGCCUUUACCUCUCAACAUACCCAAGCACUCGGGAGCUGAACGAGACUGUCGGAGCGAGGAAACUCCCAAACCACGGAAGGUUUUCAUUCCGACUUUUGAAGCAGCAGCUACCUUGCAGAGGGACGAUGUGGAGAAACGGUUACAGACUUCAGUGCAUUUCCAUGAUUACUUUCAGCGUCCGGAAGAGGAAACCAACAGCACUGGCAUCGGUGUCGUAUCAGAGACCAAUCAAGAGAUGCAGAUAAAUUUCACUUGUGCAGAGCACACAGAUGUUCGCUGUCCCAGUGAAGCUGGAAAGCAGGAUACAGGGAAGAAAAGUGAUCACCCCCUGUCACCUGAUUAUGUGCCAAGCAUUUUCUCUCACACACAGUCGUCUGCAAAACAAAAAAACACAAAAGCAUUGCAGAAGUCUGAAAAGCGACAAAACCUGAAGAAAAGGAAACGUGGAAGUAGAAAACAAGUUACAGCGGAAUGUGCAGUGCUUGGCCUUCGAGACACUGAUGUAACCACUCCUUCUGAAUGCUCCACGGAUUCCACUGAAUCAUCUCCUGAAGUUGCAGAUCUCAAAGAUGAAGGAAGUGCAGAAGCUUUAGAUGAAAAUGAAGCAUUGCCUUUUGAGCUCCAAUGCAGAAUCCUGAGGAAGGAAAAUCGUACUUUAAAGGAACAACUGAAAAAAUACUUUCUCUGUCCGGAGUCUUUUUCAGAGGACAAUGACAAAGUGGAACAAUUUACAGGUCUUCCAACAUAUGGGAUUAUGAUGGUGACGUUCCAGUUUAUACGGCCUUAUUUAAAUUUAAACAGGAAGCUUUCACCUUUCCGGCAGUUCCUGCUGACAUGUAUGCAUCUUCGACUGAACUUAAACUUACAGUUUUUAGCCUACUUAUUUUCCAUUUCUUUGGAAACUGCAUCCAGAGUAUUUAGUAACACGUGUGAUGUUAUGUUCUGUCGCCUCGUUCCGGCGCUGGUGAUCUGGCCAGAUAGGGAACAUUUACGGCAAAGUCUGCCAGUUUCAUUUCAACAAAACUUUGAGAAAUGUUGCUGUAUAAUUGACUGUUUUGAAAUAUUUCAGGAAAAACCGAGUGAUGUGGAAACACCGAGAGAAACCUGUUCGCAGAAUAAAAGCCACAACUCUUCAAAAUAUCUGAUCGGUAUUGCCCCACAAGGCGCGGUUUGUUUCGUUUCUCAGGGGUGGGAUGGUCACUGCAGCGACAAACACAUAACAGAACAUUGCGGAUUUCUGGAUGAACUUUUGCCAGGGGAUCUGAUCCUAGCAGACCGAGGGUUUGAUGGAGGUGACGCUGUUGGAUUGCCUUCUGCAAAUGUUUACAUUUCUGCAUUUACUCGGGGAACGUCCCAAAUGAGCGCGUUGGAUGUGGAGGGCACAAGGGCGCUCGCGUCAGCCAGAAUCCAUGUUGAGAGGGUUAUUGGAAUGGUUCGUCAGAAAUACACAAUACUGAGCAAUACUGUGCCCAUAUCUCUUGUACAUUCAAAAGAUAAUGGAAUAACAUCUUUGGACAAAAUAGUACAUAUCUGCUGUGCAUUGAUGAACCUGUCUGACCCCAUGAUUCUUUUUGAGUGAAAAAAAAAUGACAAAUUUCACUUUUAUUUGAAACCCUCAUUUUAUGGAUUACAUGAUGUCUGAACAGCUACUUUUUUUUUUUGUGUAAUACUUAUGACAAAGACAGCUUAAAAUUCUUUUAACAAUUUUAGAUGUGAUAAAAAUCAUAUCAAUCACAGUUAAUGUACAUAUUUGAGAAGGAUUUGAUGGAAAUUUUUACCAUACUGCAAAUGACAAUUCAGUGUAAUUUGUCAAUAUUAUACAGUGACAAAGUUUAUAAACAUUGCUGUAUGCUUUAUAGUUUGAAUUAUAAUUUUGACGUGGAAUUCUUUGCAAAAACUGCCAAAUUAUUGAAUUGCUGCAGAUUUUAACAUAAUUGUAACAGGUGUAAAUAACUUGCAUGGUCGUCAGUGGUAAAAUUUGUAAUGAAAUGUUUGUAAAUUAAAACAUUUAUUUGUAGUAAGAAGCACGUAAUGUGUAUGUCUGAAAGUUUUCACCUAAUUUUA